CGCCGGAAGUAAAUAAACUGUUGAAUCGCAAAAUAAGGAGAAAUAAUUCAUUGUCGUCCUGUCAAUGGAUUCCGAGGAAGAAAUCGGCCAUGAUGGCAGCCUUAAUGCCUCAUUAGAUGAUAGCAAUAAUGAGAUAGCUGUGAAUCAAGAUAAUGAGGAAGAGGCUGCAGAAGUUCACAAUGAAGAGGAAGAAAUGGAGCAUGAUAGGAGCAGGUCUCCCUCACCUGCAGCCAGUGAUAGAUCCAUUAGCUCCCCUAAACGUACAGAGAACUUGAGCAGAUCCCCAUCCCCCACACACAGCAGAUCAGCCAGCCCCCAGUCAAACCGAAGCAGGUCUCCCGGAAGUCAAGGGUCAAGGUCACCAGCUCACAGUGCACCCGCAUCUCCCGAAGGCAGCGGUCCACAUUCACCAGCAAACAGUUGCCCCGCCUCACCUGAGGUGAGUGGGCCGAGGUCACCAGACGAAGAGCCUAAAUCUCCUGACUACAGUGGUGCAAGUGACCAAAAUUCUCCAGGUCAGUCACCUGUGAGGGAAAUUGAGGAUACUCCUCAGUCACCAAGAGAAAACAUGUCAAGGGAAGCUUCACCUGCCGGCAGUAGGUCCAGAUCUGGCAGCAGAGACAGAAGCGCCCCCGCAUCUCCGGCAGGAUCGGCCAGGUCAAGGUCCCCCUCACCUUCAGGGUCAAAUCAAAGAUCCAGGUCACCGUCCCCGGCAGCGUCCGACCCCAGGUCCCGCUCAGCAUCCCCUGCAGGAUCCAACCAGAGGUCAAGGUCACCUUCACCAGCUGGGUCAAAUCAAAGAUCUCGGUCCCCCUCACCAGCAGGGUCAAAUGUAAGGUCGAGGUCACCGUCUGUUGCUGGUUCAAAUUCUAGGUCAAGAUCUAGAAGUCCGGCUAGCGUACGCAGUGGAAGUCCAAAAUCUGCACCUUCUAGUCCAAAGAGGGAACUGUCAAAAUCUCCUUCACGCUCUAGGUCUGGGUCCCCGAACAGAUCAAGAUCCGGAUCACCCAAUAGAUCUCGUUCUGGGUCACCCAACAGGAGUCGCAGCAGAUCAGGAAGUCCUAGGUCACCCCCUGUCAGUCCUGUUGGGAGUGGUGCCCGCAGUCGUUCGGGCUCACCGCGAGUGUCAAGGUCGCGGAGCAGAUCUGGGUCACGCAGUCGCUCUGGCUCUAGAGCAGGUUCCAGGUCGCGGAGCAGGUCCGGCUCCCCGGCCCAUUCCAGAUCCAAAAGUAGGUCACGGUCUGCCUCGCCGGCUCGCUCAAGGUCCAGAAGCAAGUCUGGCUCUCGUGGUGGGUCGAGGAGUAGGUCAAGGUCAGGAUCUAGGCGCAACUCACGUUCAAGAAGCAGAUCUGGGUCAAGAGCACGAUCGCAAGGAAAAGGAAGUGGGGAUGAAGGAGAUAAAGAGCAAGAUGAGUUGAUUGCAGACAUCUUUGGCUCAAGUGAUGAAGACGAGGAGUUUGAGGGUUUUGAUGCCAGCGAAGUGCCGAAGAAAGAGAAGAAAAAGAAAGCAGCUAUAAAGUCAGAUGAUGAAGAUGAUCAAGGGGCAUCAGGCAUCCCUGAUGAAGGUGAAGCAGGGGCGGUGGCGGAUGGGUCAGAUGAUGAGAACAUGGAUGAAGCCAGAAAAAGUGGAGACGGCGAUGGGAUGUUUGUCUCUGACUUUGAUUUGAUGAUGGCGAAGAAGAAAGAAGAGAUGCAGCGCCAGCGCAGGAAAAGGAAAGAUGUUGAUCUGAUUAAUGACAAUGAUGACCUUAUUGCUGACCUGAUUGUCAAAAUGAAAGAAGCUGCUAAUCAAGACAGAGAACUAAAUCAAAAGAAAGAGGUGUGUACAAAAAAAAUCAAGAUGCUCCCCUAUGUUUGCAACCAGCUCAAGAAGUCAGACCUUCAUGGCAUUUUUUUAGAAUCUGGAAUUCUUAGUGCUAUGACGGAAUGGCUUGCACCUUUACCUGACAAAAGUUUACCACACCUCAAUAUUAGAGAAAGUUUUUUCAGAAUAUUACAACAGUUUCCUUCUAUGCAUGCGGACAUGUUGAAAUCAAGCGGCAUUGGAAAGGCUAUUAUGUAUUUAUAUAAACACCCAAGGGAGACAAAAGAAAACAAGGUCAUAGCAGGGAAACUCAUCAAUGAGUGGUCCCGUCCAAUCUUUAACUUAACGUCCAACUACAAAAACCUGUCCAAGGAAGAAAGAGAACAGAGAGACUACGAGCAGCUGCCUAAGAAACGCAGGACAAGCUUGGAAGGAGGACAGACACCAAAAAGAGAUAUUGACAAAGCUUUAGCCGGAGAGAAAAAAGCAUUACGCCCCGGUGAUCCUGGGUGGAUCUACAGAGCUAGAGUUCCCAUGCCAUCCAAUAAAGAUUAUGUAGUUAGACCUAAAACAAACUCAGAAUACCAACCUCCACAAAAAAGUUCUUCAAAAAAAGAAAUUGGUCGUUAUGAGAAACAUAAGCGUGCAUUUUUAGAAAGAAAGAAAUUCGCUAAAACUAUGAAGGCAGUAACGAUAAGUAUUGAAGGCCGCAACAUGGCUUUAUAAUGUUCUGUGAAAUACUUGUUUGGAAGACCGUAACUUUGAUUGAUAAUCUGUGAAAUACUUGUUGAAUCAAAAGCCCUCUUUAAGGGGAAGCUCAGCUGGUGGUUGUGGGAGAAGGUUUGAGGAAUGAUUUACAGUGGCGAUUCCAUUUGUUUAUGUUUUAAAUCAUUUUGUUUUUUUAUAUAUAAUUUGGUUAAUGUUUGUUUUAAGAAGUCGAUCCAGCGUUUUCAACAAAUUAAAACUGUAUUUAUCUAUCUUUGGUUUUUUAAAUGUUUAAAACUACUGUAGUAUUGUUGUUGUUUAAACUGAUAUGGCAGUUACAAAAGUUGAUGUUCAUCUUCUGAAGGAUCUUGUAAACACAAAUAAAUUUAAAAUAAAAAGUUUUGGCUUUGUUAUUUAAAGUUAGAUGCAGUGCUUUGUUUUUAAAAUCACUUUUUAUGUCUGCAUUUAUAGUUUUCAAUACUAUUUUAACAUUGUUUUGGUAUGUGUCCAAUUUCUAUUCCAUAUCUAAAGUAUCUGUGAAUAUCUUUUGCUCUCCUAUUUUAAAGCUGCAUAAAUAGUUUAAACUAUCUAUAUGGAAAUAUUUUGCUUUUUCAAGAAACAAAACAACGAAAAUUUUUAACCAUCUAGUACUAUUUCUAGCCUUGUUAAAUUUGCUUAUAAUUUUUUGCAUGCAAGUUUGUUUGAGUGAAAAAUAUGGUAUGUAUUUAAAAAAAUGUAAAAAAACAAAUUUGUUUUUUUCCAAAUAAACCACUGUGUGUCAUGCCAUCUUUCAGGUAUAAUCUCAUCAUGUAUACAUUUCUUUAAAAUUUUGUGGGGUGGUACAUCUCCAGAUAAAAGGGAAAUUGUUGAACAUUGAUAGUCAACAUUACAAGUUACAUUAGUCAUAAAAAGGUAUUUUGGUUUGUAUAUUCGUUUUUUUUGUGUGUUAUUGUUCAUUGAAACUGGUGAAAAGUUUUGUAGUCAUACAUUUUUUUUAUAGUGUAAAUGUGGGUAUAUACGUUGGAUGGUGUCUCUGAUUAAAUAUUUAAACCUUACUAAAUCUUCAUUAAAAAAGCUUCAUUAAAGAUGAAUGUUCACUUUUCAACCA